AUGUAUUUUCCGAUGUACCCGAAACCCGCCUUUCUUUCUUUUAUCCUGCACUUGGCUCUACGCCUCUUUUUAUCCGAGAAAGUUGACGUAGCGAUAUUGGAAGUUGGUCUAGGUGGUAAAUAUGACCACACGAAUUUUAUCCGCUGCCCUCUCGUGACUGCAGUUACCACAAUUGAACUUGAGCAUAUAGACCUUCUCGGGGACACAAUUGAGAAGAUAGCCUGGAAUAAAGCUGGAAUAUUCAAAUCCAAUGUUCCUGCCGUUGUUGGUUGGAAUCAGCAAAGUGAAGUCAUGGAUGUCUUCAUGGAAAGUGCAAAUGCAGUUGAAUGCCCCCUCUACAUUGCCCCGAGCUUGGAAGAUAUUGAGAGUGAAUCGCGUGGUCUGAAGAACUGGAAGCUUCUAAAGCAAACGGUGAUGGAUGCUCCAAUCAGAGGAAAUAAUAUUUCUCUAGCUCUCUCUGUUGUUUAUCUAUGGCAUUCAGAAAGAAACAGAUUGUCGACAGGAGCGGAAUCCUCAUCCAAAUCGAUCUUGGCAAGGCCUCUGUCAUUCACUCCAACUGAAAUUCAAAUUGAAGGCGCUCUUUCAGCUCAAGUGGUUGGCCGAUUUCAGGAGGUGGAUGUUUCUGAAAACGUUCGCUUUUUCUUAGAUUGUGCUCACACAAGUUCUUCAUUAGAAGUGUUAGCUGGACGUUUGUCGUCACCAUUCCAGUUUGGACCUUUCCUUCCUUAUCAGUUUGAUCAGUGCAUUUCAGAAAAGCCAACGUCUUUAUAUUCAAAUCUUGGUGCUAAGCUCUUCGGUGAAACUCUUACUCAAACUGAUAUAAAGUUUCACUUUAAGAAACCUCAGAGCUGUGUUGAAGUUUGUCGCAAAACCUAUGAUCCCAAGGAUGCAACUUCAUUGGACUGGUAUAAGACUCUUUUGCAAGGAAUCAGGCUAGGUUAUAACAGAUACUGGUUUUCGGAUAAUAUUCCUGUAAUUGUAUGCACCAAAACUCCUCGUGGGGAGCAUUGUGAAAGACGAUUCCCCCUCGGGUGUUUUCUUACUGAUUCACAACCUGUUCCAGAAAUAUGCAAGGCUCAGGUCCCCAACGCUCCCAUGGGUUCUGUCAACAUUUUAAAUCAUUUCGACUUCCGUAUCUCCUACACUCAAGCCGGUCCCUCAAAAUAUCACAUAACUUUAGUCAAAUUGACUCCAAUGAGCAUAGCCCAUGAUCUCAAGGAUCUCAAAUGCUUUUCGGAUCAAGCCUUAACUCUUACGGACGAACUUACUGAGCCAUUCACUAUCGCCUAUACCUACAGCGAGGUAAAGGAUCCUAACCUCAAUAGUCGCUGGAGUUAUUUAGUAUCAGACGCACCCAAUUCUAGAAUUCAGUGGGUCUACAUUAUUAAUUCCGUCCUAUUGGUCUUCUUCCUUACCAUUCUCGUGGCAAUUAUACUUAUUCGAACUUUGCGUGUGGACUUUAUGCGCUAUGACAAGUUGGACAGUGACCCAAACGAAACACAGGAGGAGUUUGGCUGGAAAUUGAUUCAUGGAGAUGUCUUCAGAGCUCCAUCCUACCCAAUGCUCUUUUCGGUCCUGGUAGGCUCUGGAAUGCAGAUGGCACUCAUGUCUGUAAUUACGCUGUUCUUUGGCUGCUUCGGAAUUCUCUCUCCAAUACAUCGUGGGGCUUUUGCGACCUGUGCUAUCGCUGUUUUUGUCUGUUUUGGGGCAUCAGCUGGUUUUUUCUUCACCAUGGAUUACAAGAGUACUGUUAAUCAAAAGCCAUCCCACCAAGAAUCGGUUGUGGGACUAGAAGUUGGAAGCUUCACCUCUGCAUGCCUCUACAAGUUCUUUGGUGGAUUGCGUUGGAAGACAAAUACUCUGAUGACUGGCCUUUUUGUACCCGGCUUUGUUAUGAGUGUGCUUUUGUUAAUCAACACUGUUCUCCUCGGUCUCAAUAGCUCUGCUGCUGUCUCAUUUACCACCAUUCUUUCCAUCCUCGCCAUGUGGCUCCUGGUUUCUCUGCCCCUUUCUCUCAUUGGCGCAUUCUUCGGAUUUAGGAAGAGGGUAAAUGGCGCUUUCUCUUUUUUAUUUACUUUUAACUUUUCAGUCAUUCCCUUGAUCCGCUUUGCUUUCUACCUCCGUCUUAUUGUGCUUAUCUAUUCACAUCUCAUUGGGUUUGCACUGUUGGGCAAUUUCAGUCUCUCAUUCAUUUGUUUAUAUUCUAUCUUAGUUUACGUCUUAUUUGAGCCCGGUUCUUACAUUUUAAAACCAACUGUAAAUAAUUUCUUAGUCACUUUAUUGAUUGUUGGUACCAUUGUUGGCAAAGUAAGUUAUUGA